CAGGGCUCGAACUCAACCUUGGAACAUGGCCCCAGCCACAGCCACAGAACGCCAAAUGCAGCGGCGCUGACUCCGCUGAGUCAGGCGUAAAGUAUGCACCAAUCGAAACAGGUGAGGCGCCGUAUUGUUCGAGCUCAUGCAAAACCGGUUUGGCGCUCUGGCGAACCCUGCGCCUCCGGCAGAACAUGCCUCGGAGCCCCGAGCCACCACCACCGACCCACCUCCUCCUCCCUCACCACCAUCACCACGCAUCUGGCACGUCUCAGCAGCAAGGCUCCCCCGGUGAAUGUCCCCAGCCCUCCUCGACGACCUGCCAGAACGCUUCGGGCAAAAUCUGUCUGUUCCUGGGCUGGCUGGGCCCACCCCUCCCAACCUCGCAACCCUCGGUCAGUGCUUCGUUUGCCGGCCGCCCACAGGCACGCGCGAUAUGACCGGCUAGUGAAUACCACCAUGUCCACGUCCAUCCAAUUCUGUCAGAGUCGCCGGCCUGGGUCCCUCCUUGGAACCUCACGGCCUUCUCCCCCGCCGCCCACUUCCGCGACACACAACUACUGCUACUCCGUACUCCGGACUCUGACAAGUACUUCUCUCAGUCACCUCGCCAAUCUCAUCAGACAUCGCCUCCCUCCCCCCUUUUUCCAAGCAGCCAACAGCACCCAACCCUCUCUCUUCGGCAGCAAUUGCUCCCCUGUCUCGCAGUCCCAUUUUUAUUUUCGCUCGUGCGCCGGUGCCAUCCUUCAAACACUCAAACCCCCGUCUUGCAUCCCGGUCUAGCGACCUGCCUCCCCUUCACGUCCCGCCUGGCCGUGCCCACUCUCCCCCAGCGAUCUUCCCGCGCAGAGUCUCAUCAAUGCUGAAACGAGACUGAGGCGAACGAAAACCCACCUGGCCUUGCCCUCUCUCCUGAAUCUGAGGCUCUCAUGUCCAACGCGCCUGCCCACUACUCUUCCUCCUCUCGUCACCAACCCCGUCACCACGACCAGACCAGCGACUCUGCCUACAUUGAAGCCAACCUCUUCGAAGUCGGCCUCCUGGGGAACAAGUAUCGCAGUAGCAGGUCGUCCAGGUCCUCCGAGGACAAGAAGAAGGACAAG